UCUCACCUCCCGCUUCCCUUGUUUUUUUUGGAAACCUGGAUAGGUGAGAGGAGUCCCGAACUAGAGGUCACUUUGGUGCCCUGGUGGUUGUGGGCAGCACCUUUAGUGAACACCUUGAGCCAUGUCCAGCUCCAGUGGUUCGCAGAGCAAAUGGACGCCGGAAGAUGAGUGGGCAUUGUCCCUGUUGAUGCAAAAGCGUAUGAACGCUGACACGACAGGAAGUCUUGGGCCACCGUCCCUGCCGGCCAAAGGCUCACUACAGUCGGCAGGAGCAAUGCAUGAUGGCGCAAAGAGACGCUUGGUAGCUGAUGCUGCAGAUGGUGACGCACCUUCCGGAUGGGAGCAAGUGGAUGCUGAGGAUCAGCCCACGUACAGUGGGUACAGUGGGAAGGUCCGGACAGAUGACACUGUCUUUGAGGAAGCAUUGAUAGCCGCCCUGGAUGCUUCCCCAGUAAUUGGUGCAGCAGCAAACCAGCUGCAGGCGAACAAUGAUGCUUCUGUGGAGCUUCCUCCGGGUGUGGACACCCUAUCUCAGUGGGGGAAGACCCUUGUGUCCUUUGGCCAGUACAAAGGAAAGUACUCCUACUAUGAGAUUGCAAGCGGAAGCAGUUUCUGGGAUUACAAGAAGUGGGUGAGGACCCACAUCAAGCCUGGAACUAGCAAAGGAGCAGCAUUGGACUUUGCAGCCUACUUGCGAGCGUAUGACAAGGAGCAUG